ACAAAUCUAAUUUGCAUAUUACAUUGCUGCAAAUUUGAUGCAACAUUGCCACAAGUUAACUGCAACUGUUUGCCAGAAACCUAAUUUGCAUGUGAAAAAAUGAUCUUGCUGCAAAGUUGCAGCAUCUGUUCACCAGAAACCUGAAAUUUCAGUAAAUGUAUUUAUUUAUUUAUUUAUUCCAUUAGCCAUUUUACACAAGAGCAGUGUUGUACUGUCUUCCCUCACUGUAGUACCUCUCACACUCUUAUUGCAGUGACAAAGUCCAACAGUAAUCCAUUACAGGGAGUGAGGCGCUAGAAGUUGCUUUUCAAAAUUGUUGCCGCCUGGAGUGUGGAGUAAAAUUGUGUUUGUUAUGUGUUAUUGCCUUUAAACAUUACUUCAGUUUGAAUAUCUUAUAGACAAAGAGAUAUACUGUUAUGGGCACAUAUCACCCCUUCUGAUUUAUCCGGACACCACUUGGUAGCCGACAAUCAUCAACUGAACCAACCAACAAAAUGAUGAAACAUGGAAGAAAACGUCAAGGAACUCCAUCAAUUGACUUUCGUGAAUUGAGGAUUGUGAUGGUGGGCAAAACUGGGUCUGGAAAGAGUGCUUCAGCCAACACCAUCCUUGGGCAGGAAACCUUCAAAGUGGAGCUGUCACCACAGUCUGUGACUGAAACCUGCGCACAAGAGUCUGGAAAAGUGUCCGGCAUAAGAGUGAAAGUGGUGGACACACCAGGACUCUUUGGCACAGACACGGUGUCCGAUGUGGUGAAAAGGCAAAUAGAGAAAUGUGUCGAUAUGACCUCUCCUGGGCCUCACGCCUUCCUGCUGGUGAUCAGACUGGGGGUUAGGUUCACCGAUGAGGAAAAGAAUGCAGUAAUGUGGAUCAAAGAAAACUUUGGGGCCAGAGCUUUGAAGUACACUAUAGUCUUGUUUACUUAUGGAGAUAUACUAAAGGGAAAAUCGAUAGAUCCUUUCCUCAGUAAAAGUCCCAAUAUUCAGUCCCUCCUUAAUUCUUGUGAGAAAAGAUACCACACGUUUAACAAUAAAGAGAAAAAUGACGAGAGUCAGGUUACUUCUCUUCUGGAGAAGAUACAGGCCAUGGUGAAGGAGAACAGGGGAGAAUAUUACACCAACAAGAUGUAUCAGGAUGCUCAAGAGAAGCUUAGAGAGGAGGUCAGCGAGGAGAGAGAGAAAAGACAAGAAGCAGAGAGGAAGAGAGACGAGGCAGAGAAAAAAGCCAAGGAGGAGAGGAAACAGGCUAAAAAGGAGAGAGAAAAUGCAGAACGUCAAAAGAAAGAGAAAAUUUGCAUCAAAAGGAAGGCAGAAGAGGAGAUUAGUGAUGUGAGAAAGAAGGUGAAGGAGGAAGUGUCUGGGUUGAAAACUGCCUCUAAGUGGGGUGUGUUAGCAGGAUUGUGUUUACUCACAGGAGGGCUGGUAAUAGGAGCUGCUGGGGCAGCUGUGGCCGGUGCUGGGGCAACAACACUGGCAGGAGCAGCCAUGUUGGGGGUGAAAGCUGGAGCGGUGGACAGAGACAUGACCGAGACUGCUGUUAAAACUGAGAAGGACUGGUAGGAGGACAAACAGUGUCCAGGUCAGGUCGGGUGUAACCUUGUCAUGCAACAUUUCAUCUUAAUGUAUAGAGAUAGGGUCAGCUCUUCCAUCAGCAAUCCAUACAUUUUACAGAGAAAAUAGUUUCCCUAUCUGUAAUGAUUUUGUAGAUGUUGUAGAAAUGUUGUAGUGUGCAUUAGGCAUUGAAAAACAAUAACAGUAUAAGAGUU